AUGCCUUUCUACCAGAUCUACCAUACCUAUUCUCUCACCCAGAAACAGCGGGAAUCCAUUGCCCUGUCGAUCACCAAUCUUCACUGCAGCACCUUCAGCACCCCGGCCUUUUUCGUCCAUGUGAACUUUAUCAAGCAAGAGCCAAAGUCCGAUGACGGAACUUACUUCAUGGCUGGAAAGUCGCACACCAGCAACUCGAACCGGAUCGUUGCGCUAGUUCGAACCUCGGCUUCUCGCACGAAAGAUGACUUUGACGCACUGGCAGCCAAGAUCGAAGACGCCUGGAACGGCGCUGUCAAAGAGCCGGGUAAAGAGGCCGACUUUGAUGAGGCAAAACGGCUUUUGAUGGUCGUGUUUACGCCGAUGUUAGCAAUUAGGGAGGGCGGCGGGAUGGCUAUUCCCGACGCUGGCCACGAGGAAGCGUGGCUUAAGCAGCAACUGCCUUAUUUCAAGGAGAUGAGCGAAAAGCACGGAGUCAAAGAUUUCACGGACCUACUAGAAGAGUUGAAACAGAUGGAAUCGCUCAAAGGUUUCCUGAAUUAG